AUGUCAAAGGAGAAUGAAACAAAACUUCUUUCUCUCGAUGAGACUACAUGGUAUUCUGUUUUAGGUUUAACUACAGCAGCUACUGAUGUUGAAAUUAGAAAAUCAUAUAUGAAAUUAGCUAAAUUGUUACAUCCAGAUAAAUCAAAAAGUGAUUCAAGUGCAGAACUAUUUAAAGUCGUAGUGAAUGCACAUAGUAUAUUGACAGAUACGGGAAGAAGAAAUGAGUAUGAUACGUUGCUUAGAAGUCAAAAUUUAUAUCAUUAUGACCCUCUUGGAACAAAAUCAUCAUCUUCUUUAAAGCAAGCCAGGAAUAAUCAACCACGGAAAGCAAAAUCAUAUGACAAACAACCAUAUGGAUUUGGAUUCAGUGAUAAGAAAAGAGAGAAUGGAAAUACAUCCCCUCCAAAGAAAUCUUCUGUACCAAUAUUUCAGUCGUUUAAUAUGAAGAAUUAUCAAAGAAGUUAUAAUAAGAAAGAGGAAAUGAAUGAGGAAAGAAAGGAGUACAUGAGUAACAAAUUUAGAGAUACACCUGUAGAACAACCUAGUGCAGUAGACAACGAAAGUGAUUCAAAGAGAACUAUGGAUGAGGAUAUAGUUUUAACUGAUAAUGAAAAAGAGACUCAUGAGACACCAACAGAUGAAACAAUAAACACGAAUGAAAAAGAUGACAUUGAGAUAAAUGAACCACAAAAUAUGCAUAAAAGAACCAAAAUGGGGGUACCAUUACCAAAAAAUGAGAACUCAAAAGAUACAGGGUUCACAUCUUGGAAUCAUGACGCUAGACGUUCAGCAAGAAACAAAUCAGAGAUACGGCAGCAAGCACGAAGAUCGACAUCUCCAGUCAAGAACACCCCACUUACAAAUAGUGAUCUUCAUGAUACCUUUACCUGUGGAAUCAAUGAGGUGAUCAACAAGAUGUACAAUUCAAUGAGAAAUGGAUCUUCAGAAUCGCCUUCAUCACCAUCACCAUCUGAGAAUACUUACGAGGAACCAAGGUUAUCUUCCAAGAGAGGGCAACCCAGCACUACUAGCACCACGGACAUUAAUGAAGAACGAGUUGAUUUAGACCCUAUAUUCAAUAUGGGUAAUAUGAAUGAUACAAUAAGAUCAAUACCUAUGUCAAAGAAGGUCAAACUAUCUACGGAGUAUAAUGGUACCACUAGAACAGAGAGUAUACAUGAACCUGUCAACCAAACAUUACCUAGAUAUUAUAAGAAGGAUUCAAUGUCCAUGAAAGAAACAUUUAGUAUUAAUCGAUUAAAUGAAAUGAUGGUAGAUAUUCCUCAUUUCAUAUUACCUGAAAUAAUGGAAAAUAUUACUUUAUAUCAAUUAGAGACAAUUAGACAAGAACUUACCAAUUUUAAUCAAAUUUGUAAUGAGAUUAAGAAUAAAUUGUUAGAAUUAUAUUCUAACAAGAUCAAACAUGAUAUAGCUCACAAUUCUAAAUUAUUCAAAAUUGAAAAUCAACAUUUCUUACAAGAAGGUAAUAAUUACAACAAUAUAAUCAUUAACAAAAUCUAUGAAAUUGAACAAGCACAACAUACUGCUAUCGAACAAUAUCUUAAGAUUAAUGAAAGACCUUAA